CAGCUCUUUGCAUAAGCAUUUGAGAAGGCUGCAUUGACCUCCGAGUAGUUGUAAUUCAAGGAGUAUUUUGCUUUUGAUAACGGAGGCUCAAUAUUCUUUUUAAUUACCUGAUAGAUUAGUACCUUAUGUUUUGUAAAUUAUAUAUUCUGCUAAGAUGAAUAUUGUCGGCGUUUUAUUCACAAUACUCUACUUAUAUGCAAGUGUAUCGUCUCACAAUCAGGAAAAUGAAAUCCCAUCCUCCAACCAAGAUUUCAUUAAAGAACUUAACCAAGAAAAUAUCUAUUUUCUUGAAACUUUUAAUAAUAAGGAUACCUUUUCUUCAGUAUGGAUCAAAUCCCAAGCGUUAAAAGCAACUGGAGAUGGAGGGACCCUGAAGUAUGAUGGUGAUUGGAUUUUGGAAGAAGCUGUAAAAGAUGCUCUACCAAAUGAUAUUGGCUUAACUUUCAAAGAAAAGGCUAAACAUCGUGCUAUUGCUUCUAAGCUAAGUAAAGAAUUUAUCUUUCGUGAUAAGCCAUUCAUUUUACAAUAUGAAGUUUUACACCAAGAUGGUCAAGAAUGUGGCGGAGCAUAUAUGAAACUCAUUUCAAAGCAACGCCCUGUAAAGGCAUUGAGUGAUUUUAAUGAUAAAACCCCAUACACUAUAAUGUUCGGACCAGACAAGUGCCCUGUCAGUAAGUUACAUUUUAUAUUUCGGCAUAAGAAUCCACUAAAUGGAAGUUUUGAAGAGAAGCAUUGUAAACCUCUAAAACAUAAGAUAGAUGAAUCAUUUACUGAUUUUAAGCCCCAUUUGUUCAAAUUGGUUAUUAAGCCAGACAAUACAUUUUCAAUAUAUGUCGAUCAUAAGUUGGUCAAUGAUGGAUCAUUGUUGAUAGAUUUCACCCCUCCUGUUAAUCCUCCUUCAGAAAUAGAUGAUCCUUCUGACAAAAAACCUUCAGAUUGGGAUGACCGUGAAAAAAUAAAUGACCCAUCUGCAAGAAAACCUGAAGAUUGGAAUGAAACGGCACCUUACCAAAUUCUUGAUCCUAAUGCUGUGAAACCAGAUGAUUGGUUAGAGGAUGAGGCAAUUAAUAUCAGAGAUCCAAGUGCUGAAAAACCCGAUGAUUGGGAUAAUGAAAUGGAUGGUGAAUGGGAAGCACCAUUAGUGCCUAAUCCUGCAUGUGAAGAGGUUUCAGGUUGUGGGCCUUGGUCUCCUCCCCUUAUUAACAACCCUGAAUACAAGGGUAAAUGGGUUCCUCCUCUAAUUGAUAACCCAAAUUAUAAAGGUGUUUGGACUCCUAGAAAAAUUCCUAAUCCAGAUUAUUUUGAAGAUAAAAACCCUUUCCAAAUGUCUUCAAUUGAUGCACUUGGCUUUGAAUUAUGGUCGAUAUCAGCAAAAAUCAUGUUUGAUAAUGUGUUAAUCACUGAUGAUGAGGCUAUCGCAAAGAAAUUUGCUGCACUUACUUUUGAUAGAAAAAUUUUAAAUAUUGAAAAGAGUGCUGACACGUUACUUAAUCAGUUCAUUGCUUUCACAAACCAGUAUCCAUGGCUCUGGGCCUUAUAUGUAGUUAUUCUUCUCAUACCUGUAACAUUAAUUGUAGUAUGCUGCUUUUGGACUACCAAGGAUACAGAUGCUGAACAUAAAAAAGAUGACGAUAAACCACAAAGCAGUGUUGAUUCUUCAAAUCAACCCUCUCCUGUAACACAAGAAAGUACACAAACUAAUUCUAAAGAAGAAAAUCCAUCAAUUGAAAUUCAAGAACCCGAAAAACCUGAGCCACCUGUCACGAAUGAUGAUGAAACACAUGAGCCAACUGUCAUUAGUGAUGAUGAUGAUGAUGAUGACGAUGAUGAUGAUGAUUAUUCACAUGAGUUAAUUGUCAGUGCAGAUUAUGAUGAUGGAUCUGAAAGUUAUCUGACCUAUGCUGAUGACAAAGAAAAAGAAGAAAGUCAUGAAAAGGAAAAAUCUCAUGAUGAAACCGAAGGAGAUCAAGAAACAGUUUUAAAACAAAGAAAAUCUAAACCCAGUAAAAAUAAUUAAUUUUUUAUUUAUUUUGUUCAAACAGUUUUGUUUAUUUGUUUAUCUUUGAGUUACCAAAGAAUAAAUAUUUUGUAAUAUGUGUGGCAGAAGAUGCAAGUAUUUAUUAUUUGUAACAUUUGAUAUUUUUUGUAUUAUUAUGAGUAGCUGUUUAUCUAUUUGACGUAAACUUUUGUUAAUUUUAUUUUAAUUUUUUGUGUUACUAUUUAUUGAUCUAUGAUUUUGAAUUAAAAUAUUCAGCUAUUUACUAAAAUGUUGUGAAGAUACUAUGUGAAUUAUAUAUUUGUGAAACAACUGUUUAGGCAAAUGCCAUUAAUAUGUUAUGAUACUUAGUAUUACUAAUGGUGUUGAUUUAAUAAUUAAUGACAAACCAUCCAAUUUGUACCUUGCCUUCUAAUAAAAUUGUUUCAAAAUAACAAUUAUUAUUAUAAAAGUAUAAUAAUUAAUAUUAUUAGUGAUAUGAAUAUAGUAAUCAAUGGUAUAAUACUAAUAAAUUGUAUCUUACCUCAGAUAAUUUUUUCCUAUAACAUGUAAAAAAUAUUUUCUCAAACUUUCCAUAUUGAUUUUACUAAAAAUAGUACACCUGUAAAAAGGUAACUAUUAUAUACCAUCUAUAUAUUUAUGUGUGUGUGUAUAUAUAUAUAUAUAUAUAUAUAUAUAUAUAUAUAUAUAUAUAUAUAUAUAUAUAUACAUACACUUUUUUUAUUUUUAGCCCUGAUAAAUUCGUAACACAUUCGUAUAGUUCACUGAAAUUGGUAGCACUUGACCUUUUGUAAUGAAUAUUUUUGAAUAUAUUUAUUUAAAGUCUGUUGGUAGCUUUGCAGGUAUAAAAUUUUCAAUAAUUAUUUUUCGAGAUAGUAAAAUAUGUUUAUUGAUUUUUUUUGUCCUUAUAAAUUACUAUAAUUCAUAAUUCGUGAUACCUUAAUUGUUAAUAAUUAAAAUUAACCUUAGAACUUAUUUGAUUCUAUGUAAGUAGUAUAAAAUAAUUUUUUUGUUUCAAAGUUAGAAAUUUAUUAUUCUGUUAUUUUUUAAUAUUUCUAUGAUUUACAUAAUAUGAACAAAAAUUAAUGAUUAUUUAAUUUAACUAGACAUUUUUAUUUGAUGAAAAAUAGUAUAUUUUAAAUUAUUUGUGUUAUUUUGAAUUUUAAAUUAUUGAGUCAAGUGUUGCUCGUUUCAUUUAACUAAAUGGAUACUCUCAAAAAAACUUCCUUGAGACAGCUAUGUUGCUUAAAAAAUAAAAAUAACAAAUAGCAAAUGAUUUCAGUUUCAUUAUACAAAACAGUAUUAAAAAAAAAUUAAAAUCAUUUUUCUCAUUUUGAAUGUAAUAUACUGAAUUAAAUGAAAACUACUUUAAUUACGUAUUUUUUUUUCAAGUUUACUACUAUCAGUAGUAAUAUUUUAUAUUUGGCUUAUGAUGACUACCUCAUCCUCAUGCUACUUUUUGAUUUUUUUUUUUAUAAUAAUAAUUUUGAACCAAAAAUAAUUUAUAUUGUUUUGUAUUUAUAUUUUAUCUCUCAAAGAUAAAAUACUAUUUUAUUUAUUGUUGUUUCUAUAUGUAUUAUAUAGAUGUAGGUAUUUAAUGACUAUUUAAACUUCUUAUUGGUUAUAAGACAGUUUUUAAUUUUAAUAAAAUAGUUAUAACCAUUGGAUGUUAAAUAUGAUGGAUUUUUCAAUUUGAUUCAGCUUAAUAUUUACUUUUGUGGUUAUUUUAUUUAAAUAUUUGUAAGUUAAAGACUGAGUUAAGAAUCUAAAUAGUAAUUAAAACUAUCUUUAGUUUUCAAACUGAUUUAAAUAACUACAAAGUAUUCAGAGUAUAUCAUUCAGAAUUUUAGGUAGGGAUGUUCAUGAAGUGAUAAAUAUUUGUCAUAUUCAUAUUUAUAUUUACAUUAUUAUUUUGUUCUGCAUUUAAAAGUUUUUACUUUAUUUUGAUAUUAUUGAAAAUGUCAACAGUUAAAAAGAUAAAUUUAUUUGAUGAAGUUAAAAAGCUCACAUAUACUAGAAAUAAUUAAACUUGAGUUUUUAAAAUUGUUUAUUACAAUAUAAAAAAAAAAUUCUAUUUGUUACUUAAAAGUGAGUUGAAAUAAUAUUAAUAAUAUUUAAUGUAUACCAACAGGGUUCCUCAGUUUUAAGAAAAGGUACCUCAGAUUAUCAUAGUUGUGCCUUUCAGAAUAAUGAUGUUUGUUUACAAAUGCUUAUUUAGUAGAAACUUUGUUUCUUGUUUUGUUAGUUGUUAUUAAUUCCUUAAAUUCACUUACUAGUAUUUCACCCUUUAAAUAUUUGUUUCCUUUGAUAUUUUAUCUUUUUUCAUGAACUUUUUUAUAGUUAUAUUUACUAUAGUUUUAUAUAUAUAUAUAAUCUGUUUUGGAAUUGAUUGCUUCCUUUAAACCCUUAGAUUAUUCUGUAUAUUUCUAGUCAAGAAGAAUUGAAAACCUUUACUCGAUCUUAUACUGUGCAACACAUGAUUUUGUAUUGCAAUUUUGAUAAAUUAAUCAGUUCCCACUGGUGUUGUAUCACUAUUGAGAAAUAAAUAAUUUUUUUUUUUUAAUGA